CUCAAUCUCUCUCUCUCUCUCUCUCUCUCUCUCUCUUCUCCUUGCACUCUUCUUUAUCCAUUGUCUGUUAUGGCUGCUUUGCUAUGGCACCAUGUUACUAUUGCCAUUGCUGCUGGAGUGGUGGUAUUAACGACUCUAGGUAAUGGAGGGGGAGGAAUAAGGACUUGUGGAGCAACACAAGGGGUUCACCAUGUGGUUGGUGAUGAUCCAGGUUGGGACGCCAAAUCUGACAUCGCUGCCUGGGCCGUUAACAGGAUAUUCAGGGUUGGAGAUAGCAUUUGGUUCGCGUACUCUACAGCUGAAGAAAGCAUCGCUGAGCUGCAAAGCAGGGAGGAAUUCGAGUCUUGUGAUCUUCGCAACCCCAUUAGGAUGUUCACAGAAGGGCUAAACAAAGUGAGCCUUGAUGUGGAAGGAUCACGCUAUUUCACCAGCAGCAAUCCAAACAACUGCAAGAAUGGUCUCAAACUCCAUGUUGAAGUGCAGCCUCAGGCACUAGCAGGUGGGCAGAUAGCUUCAACAGCACAAAAGGAGAAGAUGGAUGAUGCUACUCAAGAAGUGGCUGAAGGCCCCAAGCCUUCUGGUUCAAACUGUGACCAUGGAUCAUCACUGAUGUGGUUCGGGUCGGCUUUGAUCUAUUUUCUGUGCUUCCAAAGGCUUUGAGGAUGGCCAUAGGCAUCGUUUCACCUUUUACACUGUUAAGUUCAUUCUUAAUUUACCUACGCCUGUGAUGCCCUGAUUCGAGCUUUCAUGGGUAGUUGAAACAACUGUUUAGGUUUCUCCAUGUGAAUUUGCUAUCUUAAAGGAAGAAUACAUAAAUAGCACAAGGGACAUUGAAGCAGUAUUGCUGGAGUGUCUUUCAUCUUCUCAGUUUUUUGGGACUUCAUCUUCACUAUUGGCUAUUGUAUCUAACUUAUAUUAUCCUUAGCCUCCUCACCAGCACAGGUGCUACUUUGGUUAUAUGUCAUUUGUUGGUGCUAUAUUAUGUUUCUCUACAGCUUGGUUGUGUUUAUGUGUUCUCUUUUCAUCUGAGUUUCUACUUUGUGAGUCUCAGAUUCGGGGCCCCGAAUGCAGGAAGGUAUUUGGACUUGGAUUGUUUCAUUUACAGGAUUAUUCAUGUGCAGAUGCCCAAUAUGUAUGUUCAAAGAGCUCUUCUGUAUGCUACAACUCCACAGCAGACCAUGGUUUUCACUUUACAUCCCUAUGCAGCAGCUACUGUAUCAAUCUGCACAGUUGUAUCAGCUCCUAUCCCUUCAAUUUAAUGUCUGCUGACCUAUCGGUUCUGCACUCACCAUACAUCUUAUGGAUCCUGAUGUCUACUAUUAUUUCUUUGCUUACUCUACUUUUGGCAAGCGAUUAUUGUAAAUAUAGCUACUUUAAUUUUGUAUCCAAACGAAAUUUUUUAUGUA